UCGCAACAACUCAAAACUUCCAAACAAAAAAGAUUACCUUGAGGAGCGAGACUUCAAUUCUACACUGCUGUACUUAAAGCUGCACAAUCGCAAUCAACAAUCAUCAUGCCUCUUGUCGUACCCGGCAUCAUGACCAACCCCGAGGACAAGACCCAGGAAUGGGCCAACAAGCUCGUCGGAAAGACAUUUUCGGAGUCUGAAUCUAAUGAGACUAUGUUCUGCAAAAAAGACCUGCCGGAGACGCAUCGCAUCAUCAAGCCCGGGCAGCCUGUGACCCGGGACUUCAGGCCGGAGAGACUGAAUGUUCACUUGAAGGAGGAUGGAUCGGUGUCGCAUGUCGUUCAUGGUUAGAGGAGAGUAGCGCUGAGGUUGCGGUGACGAUUGGGUUGGCGGUGGAGGAGCUCAUACGGUGCGAUGCACACUACUUAGGUACCUCAAUUAAUGAGAUGACGGCAUUAUAAUGUA